UUUUUUUGAAAAAGAUUUCUCUGGGAAUUUGUUCAAGUUUUGAAAAUAAAUUGUUCAAAUGUUUCAUUAAUUCUCAUCCACUGCUUUAACUCGGCGUUGGAACUUUUGAAUUUCAAUCGUCUUGUUUUGUUUGAUUGUUGUUCUUCUUCUUUCUCUUUCGUUUCUCGUGGAGAUUUCUGAUGGGUCUCUGCAACUCUAAACCGUCUCCGUCUCCGAAUUCUGAUCGGUUUUCUGAGAAAUUUGGUUCAAGAACGCCCAAUGGAGUGCCUAAUUCGGCUCAGCGAAACUCUGUCUCUUCCGUGGGAGGAGCUUCGCCGCUACCGCCUAGCUCUCAUGGCACGGGGAAUCCGAGAACUGACAGCCAUGAGAUGGAGAAUGUGAAGAAAUCGCCGUUUUUCCCUUUUUACAGUCCAAGUCCUGCUCAUUACCUGUUUUCGAAGAAGUCUCCGGCGAAUGCGAGUGCUAAUUCCACUCCGAAGCGGUUUUUCAGGAAGCCGUUUCCGCCGCCGUCGCCAGCGAAGCAUAUUCGUGCGGUUCUAGCGCGGCGGCACGGCUCGGUGAAGCCAAACGAGGCGUCGAUUCCGGAGGGGAGUGAAGCGGAAGGGAUUACUGGUUUGGAUAAGAAUUUUGGGUUUUCUAAGCAUGUUUCGAAUAAAUAUGAGCUUGGAGAAGAGGUUGGGAGAGGGCAUUUUGGAUACACUCGUGCAGCGAGGGUUAAGAAGGGCGAGCAUAAGGGCCAACAAGUGGCUGUCAAAAUCAUUCCCAAAUCUAAGAUGACUACUGCAAUUGCGAUCGAGGAUGUCAGACGGGAAGUGAAGAUAUUAAAAUCAUUGAGUGGUCACAGCAAUCUUGUAAAUUUCUAUGAUGCAUAUGAGGAUCAUGACAACGUUUAUAUAGUAAUGGAGUUGUGUGAAGGAGGAGAGCUCUUGGACAGAAUUCUUUCAAGGGGCGGUAAAUAUACAGAGGAGGAUGCAAGGACUGUAAUGAAACAAAUAUUACAUGUUGUAGCUUUUUGCCACCUUCAGGGGGUGGCUCAUCGGGAUCUCAAACCCGAGAAUUUCCUUUUCACUUCAAAAGAUGAAGAUUCGCUGUUGAAGGCUAUAGAUUUUGGAUUGUCGGAUUUUGUGAAACCAGGUUUUCCCUUAGUUCAGUUGGUAUGGUUUGUUAGUAACCCCAUGACUUGCAAAAUAGUUGAAUGUUCUUUAACUUUUUUGGCAGAUGAAAGGCUGAAUGACAUUGUCGGUAGUGCUUACUAUGUAGCUCCCGAAGUGCUCCAUAGAUCAUACAGUACUGAGGCAGAUGUCUGGAGUAUAGGUGUAAUAGCAUAUAUUCUUUUAUGUGGCAGUCGUCCAUUUUGGGCUCGAACGGAGUCUGGCAUCUUUAAAGCUGUUCUUAAAGCCGAUCCAAUCUUCGACGAGCCACCAUGGCCUUCUCUGUCUUCUGAGGCAAAAGAUUUUGUUAAACGCUUAUUGGUUAAAGACCCACGAAAAAGGAUGUCUGCUGCUCAAGCCUUGAGUCAUCCAUGGAUUAAAAAUUAUAUAGAUGUAAAAGCUCCUCUUGAUAUCUUAAUAUUUAAACUCAUGAAGACUUACAUGCGGUCAUCGUCUCUUCGAAAAGCUGCUUUAAGGGCUGUUUCGAGAACGUUAACUAUAGACGAACUAUUCUAUUUGAAGACGCAAUUUUCACUCUUGGAACCGAGCAGAAAUGGCACCAUAAGCAUAGAAAACCUCAAAGAGGCUUUGAUGAAAAACGUGACGAAUGCUAUGAAGGAGACGAGGAUCCCUGAUUUAUUGACAUCGCUAAAUGCAUUGCAAUAUAGGAGAAUGGAUUUUGAGGAGUUUUGUGCUGCUACGUUAAGUAUCCAUCAACUCGAGGCUCUUGAUAGGUGGGAGCAACAUGCACGGUGUGCUUAUGAUCUGUUCGAGAAGGACGGAAACAGAGCUAUUGUUAUAGAGGAACUGGCAUCGGAACUUGGCCUCAGCCCGUCAGUACCUGUUCAUGCCGUUCUUCACGAUUGGAUUAGACAUACCGACGGAAAAUUGAGCUUCCUCGGGUUUGUCAAACUGUUACACGGACCUUCUAGUCGAACUUUGGCCAAACCAUUGUAAGCUUUAUAACUCAAAUGUUGAAGAUUUGUCAAAAGUAUUGAGUGUGAUAAUUGAAUCAAAUGGCUGAGUUGAGAAAUAGUUCGAUUUCCAUUCAGCCCGAGUUGUGGAUACUCGAAACAGGGACAAUGAUCCAGUGGAAUGAAAAUGCAGGUGUUGGAGUAGUAGGAGUAGGAGUUAUCUCACUGUAUUUGUAUAGGAUUGAGUCAAAAGUGUUGUGUUGAAGUGCAAGUGAAGAUAAUCAUCCAAGGUUUUGAGAGGGUGGCACUUGCAUUUCCAGAGGUUUGAACUUCUGGAUUGUAAUUGUGAGGUUUCUUACGAGGAGUGUCUUCAUCUAUUACGCUGCUUUCUUUCUUCUGUUGUUCGAAGCUGUUUCCUUUUAUUAGCGUAUUCAUUUAUAAGAUCAAAAUUGUUGUGUUUUUGA